UCUUCCAGAGAGAUGAGAGAAGGUUUGUGGUUUUAUCCUGUUGAUUCCAAAGUAAUAAUAAUACAAAACUAAAAAAAUAAGCAGACGCACGGAGACGACGCUGGUUGUAAAAGAACCCGCAAAAGCCCCCCAAAAAACCCAAGAGGAAGUCUGGAUUACUAUUUCACCGAGGUGAUUCCAACCGGUCUACAAAUGAGCAACAGCACUUGACAUUGAUGAGGCCCAGUCGCCCAACGAAAGAGGAGUGACCACUUCACCCUCCUUUUGUUGCACCGCAUCCAGAGGCCAGUGAGGCUGAAGAGGGAUCCCUUCAGCCCGCCUCAUUUUGUAACCAUUUCCUCUCUGAGUUGGUCCCAGAAGUGUUUCAAAACUGUUUCUCCAACGCUUUUUCCAGAAACUUAGACUGUUUUCCAAAGCAGAAGCAGCACAGCCCUCCCAGACUGAGGUGAUGGGAAGCGUGCGAGCCAGCCGCUACAGCAUUGUGUCAUCAGAGGAGGACGGCAUGAAGCUUGCCACAAUGGCGGUACCCAACGGCAACAGCAAGGGCAAAGUGCACACGAGGCACCAGCCGCAGAGCAGAUUUGUAAAGAAGGACGGUCACUGCAACGUGCAGUUCAUCAACGUGAGCGAGAAGGGUCAGCGGUACUUGGCUGACAUCUUUACCACGUGUGUGGACAUCCGCUGGAGGUGGAUGUUCAUCAUCUUCUGCCUGGCCUUCCUCCUGUCCUGGCUGUUCUUUGGCUGCGUCUUCUGGCUGGUGGCCAUCUUUCACGGGGACUUAGAAAAUAACGACCAUCCAUGUGUCUCCAAUGUUAGCAGCUUCACUGGUGCCUUCCUGUUCUCCAUUGAGACUCAAACGACCAUCGGUUACGGCUUCAGAUACGUAACGGAGGAGUGCCCGGUGGCUGUCUUUAUGGUGGUGUUCCAGAGCAUUGUGGGCUGCAUCAUUGACGCCUUCAUCAUCGGUGCAGUCAUGGCAAAAAUGGCAAAGCCCAAGAAGAGGAAUGAAACACUGGUUUUCAGCCAUAACGCUACAGUGGCCAUGAGGGACAACAAGCUCUGUCUGAUGUGGCGCGUGGGCAACUUAAGGAAGAGACACCUGGUCGAGGCACACGUGAGAGCCCAGCUUCUCAAAUCCCGAACGACAGCGGAGGGAGAGUACAUCCCCCUCGACCAGAUGGACAUCGAUGUGGGCUUCGACAGCGGAGUCGACCGCAUCUUCCUGGUCUCCCCGAUCACCAUUGUACACGAGAUCGAUGAGGACAGCCCUUUCUAUGACAUGAGCAAACAGGACCUGGAGAACUCGGAGUUUGAAAUCGUAGUCAUCUUGGAGGGCAUGGUCGAGGCGACGGCGAUGACCACACAGUGCCGAAGCUCCUACGUCGCCAGCGAGAUCCUCUGGGGCCAUCGCUUUGAGCCCGUGCUCUUCGAGGAAAAGAACUAUUACAAGGUGGACUACUCCCGCUUCCAUAAGACAUACGAGGUGCCGAGCACCCCUCUGUGCUGCGCCAGAGACCUGGCAGAGAAAAAAUUCAUUCUCUCCAACUCCAACUCCUUCUGCUACGAAAACGAGAUGGCUCUGGACAACAAAGAGGACACAGACGAGGGGAACGGGGGCAGCGUCGGCCCUGAUGGCACUCAGACAGACAACAUCUCAGAGAGCGAACACAACCAAGCCAUGGUGCCUCUAGAGCCCCGGCCUCUGAGACGAGAGUCCGAAAUAUGACUGUUAAGACAUCUCGUGAGAGAUUUUCCGAGAGUCGCAUCUCAGCUCUGAAAAGGCACUACGAGCCAAGCUGGGUUAGAGUUAGAGGCCAACCCAAACGGUACUGCUGUGGGAAGUGAGGUGUAAGACUUUGUCCCGAUGAGUCUGCUUGAACUUUGCAUACAGCAUGACAAAACACAGCACUAUGAACCAUGUGCAUAUCGCAGAAUGAAUUCUCCAUCAAGUCCCCAUGAAUGUGUGCUCAGUGUCCGGUGACUGCAGAGAGGACGGAGGCUAUUGCAAUGACUUGAAAACUGCAGGCAUGUCUCAGUUGCUCUGUCCAGCGACAAUAACGCUCUUUCAGAAAGGUGUUUUGUUUUUUUAAGUCCUCUAGUGCUGCUAGAAAAAGUGGAAGUUACACAAAAAACCCUUUAAAACACUUUCAUUUUGACACUGUCACAGAACCAAAGAGUUAAGAAAUCGGAUGUCUGGAACAAAGAAGGUACACGUUGUUUGUUCAUGAGCUGGCCUCAUAGCAGACGUCACUGAAUGCGCCUGCAAUAACCUGCAGAGAACUUUCCUUUGACUCGAUAGCACUGAUUCUCUCAGCUUUGUGCUUUUGCAGAAAAUGUUUGAGCUGGUCAGACUGAUAGAAACAUGCCUGCUUGCGUCAAGAGAUCCGAGCAGGGUAGUAUUAACGACAUCAAACUGACAGAAAUCAUUAAUUUAAACUGAGACUGGGGUAAUACGAGAAUCUGAAUGUUCUUAAAAGUGCUGCUAUGAUGUUGCUUCUUCUUUUUUUUAUGGCUGAUAAUGACUAUGACAAUGCCAAAGAGUAUUAUUAUUAUUAUUUUUAUUAUUAUAGUUAUGUUUCUGAAAAAAAAACAAUUAGAUUUGGUACAGAAAAAGUAGAAAGUUUAGGCCGUUUAAUGUAAGGUUUGUUUUUCAAGAACAUGUGUACAGUUUCUUUUCUUUUCUUUCUUUUUUAAAAUGUCGAUUAUCUGUAUCUGGAGCCAUGUCAUCAAGCCGUAAUCUGGACCCACAAAACGAAGAAGGCGGUCAGGUAGCGGUAAAAAAGCAACACUGACGAGUUCUUUCGAUGGGCCAGAUUUUUCAACUUAAACACAAGAGUUCAUUUCAAGGCAAACCUUUAUUUUUAAGGUUUGAAAAUACGAGUCAGUGUAUCGGUGUCAAGAAAUCCAAUACACUAAAAUAAAUUUUUUAAAUAAAUAAAUAUCAAGUCUCUACGUAAAGCCGGUUUCCCUUUGUGCUGAACUAGAAAUCGGCCUCGACACCACUGGAGUUUUCAUUCUCUGUUGUAACGCUUUUGUUUUACUUGAGAAUGUAAGAUUUCAAAGAAACAAAAGUACUGUAACUGCACAAGAGUUUGCAUCAAUACACGUUUAUAUCCUGUAUCUUUUGUGACAGAAAGCCGCUGGGCUCAAUAGGCAGAUCCUGCACGUGUAAAUACCUCCCUCCCUGUUGCAGUUGUUUUGUAUCGGUCUUCCAAAUGUACUGCAAAACCACAGAAUGUACAGAUUUUGUAUUAUUAUUAUUAUUAUUAUUAUUAUAAUAUUGUACAUGAUAUUAUAUUGUUCUUUUACAAUA